GGGACGAGUGGAAAACAGCCUUCAUCACCCCUACUGGCCACUAUGAGUACUGCGUGAUGCCGUAUGGGACUUGUUAACGCCCCCUGCGUCUUCCAGGAUUUCAUCCAUGAGGUGCUCCGGGAGUUCCUCCAUAAGUUCAUCCUCGUCUACAUUGAUGAUAUCCUCAUUUACUCCCAGAGCCUAGCGGAACAUCAUCGCCACGUUGCGGAGGUCCUGCAACGCCUGAGGGCCUUUCAGCUCUACCUCAAGGCCGAGAAAUGCUCCUUCCAUCAGCCCUCAGUGCAGUUCCUUGGUUACAAGAUCAACAGCAGUGGCAUCCGGAUGGACGAGGGGAAGGUAAAUGCUGUAAGGGAUUGGCCCAUACCUACCACCAUCAAGGAACUCCAACGAUUCCUUGGCUUUGCCAAUUUCUACAGACGUUUCAUCCAAAACUACAGUGCCAUCACCAGCCCUCUCACUAGUCUCCUCCGGAAUAAGCCAAAAUUACUCUCUUGGACUCCAGCCGCCACAGAGGCCUUCAACUCCCUCAAGAAGGCAUUUACGACCGCUCCACUCCUGGUCCAUCCUGACCCCAACCGACCCUUCGUCGUUGAAGUCGAUGCUUCUACUACCGGAGUGGGAGCAGUCUUAUCUCAGCAGCAGGGGAAUCCCGUCGCCUCCACCCAUGCGCCUGCUUCUCACGGAAGCUCAACCCGGCGGAGGUAAAUUAUGACAUCGGCAACCGUGAGCUGUUGGCCAUCAAGUUGGCCCUGGAAGAAUGGAGGCAUUGGCUGGAGGGAGCCAAACACCCCUUUCUGGUUCUCACUGACCACAAGAACCUUGAGUAUCUUCGGGUCGCCAAGAGGCUAAAUCCAAGACAGGCUUGCUGGGCACUAUUCUUCACCCGCUUCCAUUUUACCAUCUCGUAUCGCCCAGGGGCUAAGAACGUGAAGGCUGACGCCCUGUCCCGGUGUCACGCCCCUGAAGAAAACCUAGAAGAACCGGAAACCAUACUCCCAGAAAAAGUCAUCAUCAGCCCCAUUACCUGGUCUGCCGAGACUCUUCCUCCAUCCGAUCCGGCUACCAACACCCCGCCGGGUUGCCCACCGGGACACCAGUACAUCCCCAGGACACGGCGCACUCCACUCAUUCACUCCGCUCCCACAUCUCUUGGCACUGGUCACCUGGGGGUCAAUGAAACCCUCUCGUUGCUAAGGGAACGCUUCUGGUGGCCCAACAUGGCCUCUGACAUCAGAAGGUACGUGAACGGAUGUACAGACUGCACCAUCUCUAAAAGCCCACGCCAUCUACCAUCAGGCAAGCUCCAUCCUCUGCCCGUCCCUAAUCGCCCGUGGUCACACCUAGGGUUGGAUUUUAUUACUGAUCUUCCUCCCUCUGAUAAUAAUACCUGCAUUCUGGUCAUAGUGGACAGAUUUUCUAAGUCAUGUCGUCUUCUCCCCCUGAAAGGUCUGCCCACGGCCAUGGAAAUGGCCGAGUUACUAUUUAACCAUGUCUUCAGGUACUUUGGCAUCCCAGAAGACAUCGUCUCAGACAGAGGUCCUCAGUUCAUCUCCCGGGUAUGGAAAGCAUUCCAUUCGCUCCUAGGUGUGGCCAUCAGUCUGUCCUCUGGAUACCAUCCACAAUCUAACGGGCAGACGGAGAGGAAGGUUCAGGAGAUUGGAUGCUUCCUCCGUACCUUCUGUCACUGCCACCAGAACUCCUGGAACCAGUUCCUAGGGUGGGCCGAGUACGCACAGAACUCCCUGUGACAACCUACCACCGGACUCACUCCAAUUCCAGUGCGUGCUUGCCUACCAACCUCCACUCUUCCCCUGGUCAGGGGAACCGUCGGAUGUCCCCGCCAUUGACUACUGGUUUCAGGAGAGCGAGAGGGUCUGGGACGUGGCCCACCACCAACUCCAAUGGGCCCUACGCAGGCGCAGAAUGACAGCCGACCUUCGCCAAUCUGAGGCUCCGGCAUACCAACCCGGUCAGAAGGUCUGGCUGUCCACCCGGGACAUCCGCCUGCGCCUGCCCUGCCGCAAGCUAAGUCCCAGAUUCAUUGGCCCAUUCACCAUCCUUUAGCAGCAAGCUAAGUCCCAGAUUCAUUGGCCCAUUCACCAUCCUUUAGCAGAUCAAACUCCAAUUACCACCUGAGUACCGGAUUCACCCCACUUUCCAUGUGUGUCUCUCCUUAAGCCUCACCAUCCCUCUGUUUCUCCCUCCACAGAACCUGGCGAAGCCCCCCCUCCACUCCUCCUUGAAGACAGUGCUUCCUACGAAGGAAGAGACAUCCUGGACUGCCGGCGGCGUGGUGGACAACUUGAAUACCUAGUGGACUGGGAGGGAUAUGGUCCAGAGGAACGUUCAUAGGUCCCACGCAACGAGAUCCUGGAUCCGAACUUACUAAACACCUUCCACUCCAGUCAUCCUAACAGGCCAGCUCCCAGAGGAAGAGGACGUCCACCACGCCGUCGGGGUCCUCGGCCCUCAGGAGCGGGCCGUGGGGAGGGGGGUACUGUUACAGACACGCCAGGUUCCACCUCCAUUCAAUCACAGCACACGCCCUCACCUGAGUACUGAGCACUUCCACCUGACCCUCAUCAACAGUCAAUCACCUCUGCACUACAAAUACCAUGCACUCAGUCAGCGUCCGGUCUCAUUCGCAACAUAGUCUUACCUUUAUGCUAACUCUAAGGACUAACUCUAUCUCUACUUACCUCUCUCCAGCGAUCUCCAGAAGUUCCCAGCCAUCUCCGUGCGUGUGUGUGGUACACCUCCCUACCUUGACGUCUCCACCCCUCUACUACGGAUCCAUUCAUCACUGCCAGUCUCCAUAUCACUUUUCCCAGCACUACCCGCUCCUCUGCUUGUGCCUGAAUAAAACUGUCUUUCUGUUAUCCUCAGUCUCCUGGGUAUUUCGUAACACAUGGCCAUAUAGAUUAUAAUAAGA